CUCUGUGGUGGUGGAUGCUAAGCCUCGGCGGAUUCUUUUGGAUACCGACGUCGACACUGAUGAUUUGUUUGCUCUUCUCUAUCUGCUGAAGCAGAACCGAUCGGAGUUUGAUCUCAAGGGUGAAAUUGUCCUGGCAUUUAAACAAAAAGAAAUCUGAUGGGUCGGGAAAACUAUAUAAUAGUUUGUAUGCAGGGUAUUCAGGAGCUUGUUGUGGCACAUUCUCAUUGCAGAGGAUGCAUGCAAUAGGAUUGCAUGGAUGGAUCUAAUUGUUCCCAUGAUCUACAAUGCUGAUGUUUCGGUUUUUUCUUGGUUUCUUAUCUAUAAUUUCAUUGACUUCUAAUUUCUUGAUAUUUUUCUUGAAGACUUUGCUGAAUUGAUCUCAGGAAGUUAAAUGCUUGUAUCUGGAUAAUUGACAGUGAGUCUUGAGAGUGUGGGCUAGGUUUUUAUCAUACAGUCAUCACCUUUACGUUAUAAAGUCAAUCCUGGUUAUGCCUUAAUUGGUUCUUAUCUCAUCCCUCAGACUAAUGUUUCUAAGUUCUUAAUCACAGCAUUCUAGAAAGAAUUAGGAAGUUGUUUUGUUUGUAUCUUUAAUGCUAUUUUCAGGUUUGUCCUGCCAUGCUUUUUGGACCUUUUCCAACUAUUACCACCAGCUUUUUUUGACAGUGUUGUUUGCUUUCAAGGCAUUUUAGUUGCUUGCACGAGAUAAGAUCUUUAGAAUCUUCGAUUCCUGAUAUGCAUUUGACCGAAGUGUCUCUCACCACACAGAGAUUUAGGCCAAUAUUCUGUAGCCAUUGUUCAAAGAGAAAUACAAUACAUCAUGGAAGGUAAAUUAAAAUAUCAAGACCACUUGUUAUCUAUAUAAUUGUAAGAAUCGUGAUUAGAGGAAGGAUAAUAAGAUUGGCAGAAUCUGAAGAUGCAUCCAUCUGUUAAAUAUCCUACAGUAGUUACAUAAACAACAGUGAUGGUAUAUGAGAUGAGUUAAAACUAUCCCUCAUGGUUCAGAAUUGGGGUCGUUGAUGGCUUGGUACCAUGCGGAGUAGUGGAGAAUGUGUCACUAAGCCAUUCCUUCAUACUCAGGACAAGGCAUUUUGAUUAUCUUUUUGUGGUAAUUUUAAUGCGAGAAAUGUAGUAAAGUUUCUGUUAAAUGAUAUAGAUUAGUUUCACUCAAAGGGAAUAAAAAAUAAAGAGAGGAAAAUGACUCAUUUUGGAUGGAAAAUGGUAAAUAUGCUGAUCUAAUUUGAAACUACAUUUAAGUAGCAAAACUUGUCAAAGAUGAUCCUAUGUUGAAUAUUUGCAGACACUUCAUUGUCGGACGAACUUUAUUAUCCUACUUUAAAAGCCAUUGACAUGUUUCUUAUUCUUGUGUUCAAAGAAUUUAUGAUUGAGAUUGAACUUUACAAAUUACAGAAUGGUCAGAACCAGCCCAUUAUGACUCAUGGCACUUUUUCUUAACCUGGAAUAAAGUAUAUGCUGUCUCUUGUAGUGCUCCAAUGACCUUGAUGCUUAAGGGCAUCUCUUAUUUUCUUACACAGGAAAUCCAUGUUCAUAUAACUUUAGCUAUCCUUCAAGCAUUUUGGGAUGGUGAUAUCUUCUUACGCAUGCCGACACUUUUUCAACCCUUGAACUACAAUUCUGCUGGUUUUUAAUAAUUUUAGUUUUGUCUUAUGAAAAGGGUUAAUGAACAUAACUGGACUUCAGUUUGAGUCCUGUAUCUGGAAACAUCCAGAUUUCUUAGAUCUGUUUUCUUAUGCUUGACUUGUAAACUUACUGCCACUUGACCGAAGAUCUAAAUAAGGUAGUGCAAUUUAAUCUCUAUCUAUCUAUCUAUCUCUCUCUCUCUCUCUAUCAUCCAUCAACUUUUGACUUUUUGGAACCUUAUAAAUCAAUUUUUUGCAUGCAAGUCCACUCCAAAGUGUUAAUCUUUGGACUAUAUUGGAAGAUUCUGAGAUGCCAUGCUGUACUUUGGAAUAAAGCAGUGCGGUGCAGUUUAACCAGUCCACUUGUUCAAACUCGCCUUCUGAUACUAUUUGGUGCAUAUUUCUUUUACUUCAGGCAAUUACUAUUAGUGCAAAUGCUUGGACUGAUGCUGGUCAUGCUGUUAAUCAAUUAUAUGAUAUUCUCUACAUGAUGAAUCGUGAUGACAUCCCUGUUGGAGUUGGUGGUGAUGGUGGAAUACUAGAUGAUGGUACCAUACUACCAAAUGUUGGUGGUUAUCUCCCUAUAAUCGAACAGGGCAUGUCAACAGCAGGUGAUUGCCGUUAUAGACAAGCUAUUCCAAUAGGAGCUGGUGGACGAUUAGAUAUCGACUCUAAUUAUGGCCUCCGGAGAAGUUUCCUUCCACAGGGUCAUAGGAGGUAUUUUCCUCUACAGCAACCCACAGCACAACAAGUGAUGAUUGAUACAAUAUCUGCAGGCCCCACUACUGUAUUCCUCAUUGGGUCGCACACAAACUUUGCUCUCUUUCUCAUGACAAAUCAACAUUUGAAAAAAAAUAUUGAGCACAUUUAUAUUAUGGGUGGUGGUGUAAGGUCAGAAAACCCUACAGGCUGUUGCCCCAAAAAUUCAAGCACCUUGUGCAUUCCCCGGCAAUGUGGUGAUCAUGGUAACAUGUUUACUGCAUACACUAGCAAUCCAUAUGCAGAAUUCAAUAUCUUUGGAGAUCCGUUCGCUGCAUAUCAGGUGUUCCAUUCUGGCAUUCCAAUUACCCUUGUCCCUCUUGAUGCAACCAACACCAUUCCUAUAAGUGAGCAGUUCUUUAUGUCGUUCCAACAACGACAGGAUACAUAUGAGGCACAGUACUCUUUUCAAUCUUUAAAAAUUACACGCGACACCUGGUUUGAUAAUCAAUUUUACACGAGCUUUUUUAUGUGGGACUCAUUUACUUCUGGUGUAGCUGUAUCAAUCAUGCGCAGUGCUGACAACUAUAAUGGUGAAAAUGAAUUUGCUGAGAUGGAAUAUCUAAAUGUGACUGUAGUAACUUCAAAUAAACCAUAUGGUAUAUAUGAUGGCUCGAACCCGUUUUUUGAUGGACGUGCAAUUCCAAGGUUCAAUUUACAGAAAGAUGGAGUACAUAGUGGUCAUGUUCAGGCUGGACUUCAAGAUCCAUUUUGCUUCGUGCCUGGAAGUAAUAAAGGGAUAUGUGAGGAUGGAUACACUAAGGAAGUAACUGGAUCAGAAGGCGUUCGUGUUCUUGUUGCAAAGAAAGCAAAACCUAACCAAGAUGUUCACAGUCCACUAGACCGAGAAUUUUUCAAAAGUUUUCUGGAGGUUCUCAAUCUUCCUCAGCAUACUGGGCGUUUUAGCUUUGCCACACAGUUUCCAUAUUACAAUGAUACACUCUACAAGCCAGAUUUUACAAACCGGAAUCUGGGAAAGCCUGUUGUGUUUGACAUGGACAUGAGUGCAGGAGACUUCCUUGCCCUUUUAUAUCUCCUAAAAGUACCUGUUGAAACAAUAGACCUCAAGGGAAUAUUAGUCAGUGGCAAUGGUUGGGCGAAUGCUGCGACAAUAGAUGUCAUCUAUGAUGUGUUACAUAUGAUGGGCCGUGAUGACAUUCCAGUUGGCCUAGGUAAUGUAACUGCACUAGGUACACCCAGUCUUGGCUGCAAGUAUGUCAAGGCUAUUCCACAAGGUAGCGGUGGAUUGCUUGACUCUGAUACAGUAUAUGGACUUGCUCGUACGCUACCACGAAGCCCAAGGAGGUAUACAGCUGAAAAUUCUGUUAAGUUUGGAGCUCCAAGAAAUACUGAUCACCCCGAACUUAGACAGCCACUAGCUAUGGAAGUUUGGCAGUCCAUUACAAGGGGGCUUAAUCCAAGUGAUAAAAUAACUUUGCUGACAAGUGGACCUCUUACUAACUUAGCCAACAUUGUUCUUUCAGAUAAAAAUGCAAGUUCAAUUAUACAGAAUGUUUAUAUAGUUGGGGGGCAUAUUGUCGAUGAACAUGGUGAGAAAGGAAACAUUUUCACGGUUCCCUCAAACGAAUAUGCUGAAUUCAACAUGUUUCUUGAUCCUCUAGCUGCGAAGAAAGUCACCGAGUCAGAUCUUCAAAUCACGUUAAUUCCUCUAAGUGCUCAACGCAAAGUGAUUUCCUUUAAAAGCAUACUUGGAAGUCUAAUGCUCGCAGACAAGACUCCAGAAGCCUUGUUUGCCUAUCGUUUGCUGUCUUUAAUGCAAAAUCUACAGCGACAGCACCAGACAUACCACCAUAUGGAUAUAUUUUUGGGAGAAAUCCUUGGUGCGGUUUUCUUGGUUGAUGGUCCUAACUUAAACCCGGCAAUGCAAAUAAAGCCAAUUAGUGUAUUGGAUGGUAAUAUAAGCAAAGAUGGCCAGAUAGUCAUCAACAGGAAAAAUGGAAAAUUAGUUAGCAUAUUGGAUAAUUUUAACAGCGAAGCAUAUUAUAGCCAUUUCGCAAAUUUUUUUGGUGAUAGGAGACAGUCUGCUGUGAUUGGUAGCUUUGAUGAACAGGAAAAGAGAUGGAGCAUGCCACCUAAUGAGACUGAAGCAGGUCUAUAACUUUGAAGAUUCUUUCACUAGAUAUCAGAAAAAAGGGUUAUUGAUUAUUUGUUCAUAUACCCAGGUCAUUUGGAGAUUCCAUCCAUAUUUCCUUGGUUUCUCCAAAGGAAAACAUACAGUCAACUUCAGGUUACCAUGUUCUUAGAAAUAAGUGGUUUCUUGCUUCCUACCUGUAUGUUAAAAGAGAUUCACAAUUGACCUCAUUUACAAUUACACGUUGUCUCUCUGUGGAGUUCUCUUAGGAUGAAUUAAAAGAUUUAAUUCUUUCAGGGUCAUGCCUUGUAAAUCUGAAAUAAUGGAACUAGUGCACAGACUGUAUUCCAGUUACCUCUCUUUUAACGAUGCACCAUCAAUUUAGAAUGCUGAAAGUAAGCAGUUGGUUUCUGACAAA